CUGACAUUCCUAGGUGCCAUGACCAGUCAAAUAAAGGGCAGAAUUGAGGUAACAUCACCUGAGUGCAGAAAGGGUUCACUAGGAAGGAAAAAGCAGCCCAGGAAGAAAGAAGGUUUGGUCUGGGCAGAAGGCUACAAGGAAGAAAUACAAAAUUGAGGGAUCUCUUCUAGUCCUCGGUGUACAGAACCCAACUGAUAUUGGUGAAAACUGGAAGAUGGAAAUGUGGAGGGACACAGAGCCCCUUUCAUGUGUGUGGCAGGCCCAUCGGCUUUCAAUAACUCUGUUUAGUAGAGAAUCUGAGAGCCACUUGUCACUGCCCCUCAGAUGCUACCUUUGUCCCUCACACACAGCUAACAACUUAUAUGUUUCCCAGGUCUCAGUUUGUGUGAUCGGAAGAGAAGGGAUUUCUGAGAGGAUGGAGCCCCCGUCCAGCUCAAGGUCUCAGAGGUUCCACCACCCAGGACCAGAACUAAGCUGUGACCUCAGAGAGAUGCAGCAGUAUCCACGGGAACUAGAUCUUCCUGCACCUUAUUUGUUUGUUCCUUAUGAUAAGGGGAAUGAAGGAGACCAGGAUAUAGUGGCCUCGCUCUGUAGGUUUGGCUUUAUGAUGCCAGUGACGUUUGAGGAGGUGGCCGUGUCCUUCUCUGAAGAUGAAUGGGCUCUUUUGGAUGAAAAGCAGAAGGAACUCUACAGAGAUGUCAUGCAGGAGACUUACGAGACUUUCAUCUCAUUGGGAUUUCCGGUCGCUAAACCGGAUGUGCUGUCCCAGAUGGAGCGAGGGGAAGAGCUGCGGUUCCCAGAUCUCCAGCCCUCUGAGGAAAGGGAGAAUGCAAGAGGCUCUAGCACUGGUGCUGGGACAGUGAGUGAGAAGGAGGGAACAGCUCAGAAAGUAUCUACAGGAGCAGAACCACAAAGGAUGUUCUCCGGGAGACACUGUUGCCCUGAGUGGGGAGAUGCCAGUGAGAGUCAGGGCAGGACAGAGAGGCUCUGGGAAGACCCUCCAGGCAGGAGUAAAUCCACUCAUAGCAAAAGAAGUUUAGAGAAAUCCAAAGAGACCAGCGCCCACCAGACAGCCUGCACGGGGGAGAGCCCAAACACCGGUGCUGAACCUGGGGAAAGUUUCAAUAAAUGCUCGCUCCUCGUUAAGCAUUGUCAGCAAACUUGUGUGGGAAAGGGUGCCUACAAGUGUAAUGAAUGUGGCCAAAGCUUUUCUCAACACCAGUGCCUUCAGAGACAUCUGAGAAGUCACACAGGGGAGAGACCCUAUAAAUGUAAUGAAUGCGGGAAAAGCUUCAGACACAAGACACGCCUCGUUCUUCAUCGUUACACAGUCCACAAGUCGGAGAGACCCCAUAAGUGUCCAGUGUGCGGCCAGCAAUUUAUCCUGAGAAAGAGACUUAUUGAACAUCAGAGAAUGCACAACGAAGAGAGGCAUAGAGGGUUUAACAGUGGGAUUGUGAGUGAGAACAAGGAUGAGCAUCCCCAGCAGAAAAAGCCAGUGGGAGCGGAGCCUCAGGAGGCAUCUCAGAGAUGUGAACGGGCAGAUGCUGGUAAGAGUCGGGGAAGGAGAGGACAGCUGCGAGCUUACCCGGCAGUGGGAAAAGACUGUGAAUCUGUAUGCGAAGGAAGUUCUAAGAAAUUGAACCGCACCAUCGCCUACCAGGGAACCAAGGUGGGAGCACAACUGAACACAGAAAGGAAAAGUAAGAGAAGCUGUAGCAGCAGCUCAGCCCUUGACCUGCAUCAGAAAACCCACCCGCAUGAGAAACGUUACAGCUGUGCCGAGUGUGGGAAAAGCUACCGCCAGAACCAACACCUCCGAAGGCAUCAAAAAAGCCACACGGGAGAGAAACCUUAUGUGUGUGCUGACUGUGGGAAUAGCUUUGGACGGAAGUCGACACUCAGUAAACACCUACGGACGCACAAAGAGGAGAAACCCUAUAGCUGCGCUGACUGUGGGAGAAGCUUCAGAGAGAGCUCGUACCUUGCUCUGCAUAAGAGAGUCCACACAGAAGAGAAACCCUAUCAGUGUCCUGACUGUGACAAAAGCUUCAGAUGGAAAGGGGACCUUUCCACUCACUGUAAAACCCACACGGGGGAAAAACCUCAUAAAUGCACUGAAUGCGGGCAAGGCUUCAGGCAGAAAUCAACUCUGACUAAGCACCUGAGGACCCAUACUGGGGAGCGGCCCUAUAAAUGUCCUCACUGUGAGAAAAGCUUUCGUCAGAAGUUCUCCCUUUCCCAGCAUCAGCUAACGCACCAGGAAGGGUGGCCUCACACGUGUACGGAAUGUGGGAAAAGCUUCUAUCAUAAGUUCUCCCCUACCCAGCAACAGUCAGCGCACCAGGGAGAGAGACCUCACAAAUGUACUGAAUGUGGGGAAAGCGUCAAUCAAACACAAAAGCUUGUUAUACCCUUGGUAAACCUCCAUGUGAAAAAGAAACCCAAUACAGCAAGUGUAACUUCAGAUUACAUUAGCUCUAGCAGGGCAACAGGGACGCCAUGUGUGAUAUAAAACAGUGGGCUGGUACUUUCUUUGCUUGGAGAGGGACACUUAAGUACAAGGUGAGAGAAGGAUGGGUGGGAAGUAUUGGCUUAUAUAUGAUGGCAGAUACAAGAUUCAGGACGGGAAAGGAGCUGGUGAAGGUAGGAACAGAUCCUUUGGCAGGGGUCGGGGGCGGGGGGAUUAGUGGGAAUUGCAAAUGAAUGGAGUUGAGUUUUGUGGGAGGACUGAUCAUAAGGGCACAGUGGCAGGAGCCAAGAGCAGAGAGUGCCUGGUAAUGGAGAUAUGGGUCAUUUCAAACCUGGGAGGUUGGAGGAGUGAUGUGUGUGCGCGUUUGUGUAUCUUUUGGAGCUUGUCUAUAUGAGGAGUUCUGCCAGUAUAAUUAUGCCGCUAUGGUUAUACUGGUACAACUUCCUAUGGGGACACUUUUAUUCUGGAAUGUGUGUGUCCACCUGGGGAGUGAGAGAUGGAUAAUUACAGUUGUGUAUGGCCUGUAAAAUUCCCCAUGCAGGCAAACCCUUAAUGAGGGAAGAUUAAAGGUGACAGCUGAGCAGAAGUCAGUCAGUCCUGCUCCACCCCCCCAGCAGCCUACCAUGCCACUUUGGGUCUGUCUACACAGCAAGGAGCAGCAAGUCUCAGAGCCCAGGUCGGCGGACUUGGGCUCGCUCUAAGCGUUAACAAUAGCCGUGAGAUGUUUCAGCGCGGACUGGAGCUUGGGCUCAGCAAGUCUCAGCACCCGGGUGGACACACUUGGGCUUGCGGAGCUCACGCAAUGGUGCUAAAAGUAGCUGUGAGACCUGGCUAAUCAACCUAGGGUCCCAGCCUGAGCUGCAAUGUCUACACAGCUCUUUUUAGCACAGUAAUUCAAGGUCAAGUCUGUUGACCCAAACUCUGAGACUUGCUGCUGCUGGCUGCCCCUCGCAGUGUAGCGUAGACGUACCCUCGCUGGCUAGCAGCGCUAUUGGCUAAAAAUAAACUCGCUUUCAUAAAAUAUAUGGUUAAUAAUAACAGGAUUCCAGGGGGAGCCAACAGGGGAGGUAGGCGGCCUGAGUUCCAAGCUCCUUGCGCCUCGCUAUACCCUGCAGAAUCUGUUCAAAAUAACAGCAAUCCUACUACGAAUGUAGUUAAUUUAGAUUGAUAUCAAUGCACCAUCUGCUAAGGGAUCCCUGGAUAAGAGUUUGGACCCCUCCUCUUCUCCAGUAAUGAAGCAGGCCUGCAAAAAGCAAACGCUAUCGGAGAGCUCAUGUCAUAUGGAGAUGUAGGAAGAAGCUCCAGAUAGAAUCCUGAACAAACCUUGCAGGUGCUUCAGUAGAUCUCGAAGAAUUAUCCGCUGACAUUGUUCUUCAGAGAGUUAUUGCUGAUGUGAAAAAGACCACUGCAGCUCCUCAAACAAGCCUACGAAGGAGAGCGGGGCAAGUUGAGGCCCAUGUGUCUGCACUGGAGGACUCUGUAACAGCCAGUAACGCCUCCUCAGAUCAGCAGCUGCCGAGAAUUAGAGCCCUACAGGAGAGAGUGGACUAUCAGGAGGGCAGAACAAGAUAUAAUUUUGGUUGCCUUUCUGGAGGGCUUUGAGAAAAGUAAGUCUAUUGAAUUCCUAAAUAAGGCUGUCGCUUAAUUUUUAAAACUCCCUUCGGGAACUGAUUUUGAAAUUGAGAGGGAGCACCGUUUCUUAGCCCCGAAGCCCCCAGCAGAUGUGAGGCCACAACCUUUCCUCAUUUUUUAACGAUGAAGUUUUUAAAAUGUGGCGCCAGACAGUUCAAUAAGGCCAUGGAAAUGGACAUACAAGGCCGAUGCUGUACUACAUUUCAUUUCCGGCCACGUUUCAGAUUGAGACUGAAGGAUAAUGCUGCAGUUUUGGCACAGCAGCAGAAGCUAAGAAAUUUAUGGAUUCUCUGCGAGGGACUCUCUUCUGGUCAGCACCCAAAUUCACAGUCCAUUUCAGCCUAUGCCUUAAUUUUUUUUGGAGAAAAAGCUGAAGCUUGAACUCUGAAUAUUUUUGUUGCUCGUCUCUGGACUUUUUCAAUUUUAAUCUUUUUUUUUUUUUUUUUUGGAGAUAGGGUAACCAGAACUGCACAAAGUAAUCAGGGUGUGAGUGUACCAUGUAUUUAUAUACAGGCAAUAUGAUAUUUUCUGUCUUAUUUUUUAUCCCUUUCCUAAUGGUUCCUAACACUG